AUGAACCAAGUUCGUCAUGCCACCCUAGAACUGUUAGAUCUACCCGUCGAAAUCCGCAUAUACAUACUCAGCCAUCUGGAUGGCUACGAGCUAGCGCGAGCACGUCAAGUAUGCCACGAUAUUCGACACAUGGUCGACUCUUCCUCGGAGUUAUUAUAUUUGAUUGACCUCAAGUAUUUCAACUCGAUUUCAUUCCCUUCACCUGGCCCAGAUCGCACCGUCUCAUCGCUUCGCAAAUCACUUCGACAAAGCGAAUUUGCAUGGCAGAAAGCCGAAUACUUCAAAAGUAAUCCCAUCUCUAUACCGUAUAUCCGCCGUGACGCAUUCAUGUGGUCUUGCGGUAUUCUGGCAUUCAAAGUGCAGAAUGAAAAUCGACUAAGGUUUUUCCAGCCGCAAGUGACAGACUCUGAUCAUUCCAAUAGCACGAGCUUGCGUGAAUGGGGCUGUCAACUCGAUGGCGAAUUCCAACUCUGUGGUUUUUCGCCCACACAAAACCUUUUGAUUUUCCUUGUCAGAGCAUCUCCAGGGGAAAGUCACGCCUAUGAUCUUAUGUUCAGAUCGCUUUCAGAGCCUGAUAAAGUCCAUCCUGAAGCUGGAUCCGCUGUGGUAAAAACCCUCCACAAAGACGACUUCGAAUUACUCGACCCACCCGAUGUGUCAUCCUCCAUUUUCGGGCAUUAUUGUGGUAUUUUGUUCAGCGAUGUUUUCAAAGAAGACGGAAUUUUGCAAAUUUGGAACUGGAAGUCACAAGACACUUCUCUGUGCCUCAAGCCGGCUCAUGAAAUGAUGGAUUUCAGUUUCCUAACAAAUGAAAUAAUUCUCGUCGUCAACAGCAAGGAACUACUGUUAUAUUCCCUCGUUGAUUUCCCCGAUGCUCUCCAUCUUACUGCCAAAUUUUCGCUCCCUGCCUUGCGGACACCCUUUGAAUAUGAAGUAGUCCGUAUCAAGGACUCCGUCUCGUCCCAUUCCCGCAUGCAUAAUCAUAUCAUCACCAUCAACAUGAAGAUUUUUGGGGAGGACCUCACUAACGAACCAUGUGUCACACUAUAUGUCGAGCGCAACACCCUGUUGAAACUCCAGUCCACCUAUACGCGCCAAUAUGGAGAAGCAAGCGACAGUUCCCCUAGUUUGCCUUGGUCUAAAUGGGGGCUAAAAUAUACUCGAUCCUUCAGGGGAGACUCGUACAAUUCUUGCAAACAUGUCAUCUUUGGUUUACGGGCUGUAUCUUUGUUCGGCUCCCAGACAAAGCAUCCUGUGCCGCGACCACUGUGUAUCCGCGAUUUCAACCCUCAUCGAGUAGCGGAGUUCAAGGCUGGGAAUGGCAUUAGAUGGAAUCAACGACUUAUCGAGGGCAACUCAUUGAGUUCAAGUGCGGAUCUGUUCCUCGAGCCACUUGGAUAUGGUCUUCCGUAUAUCGAGACCAUCACUGAAGAGAAGUUCCUUGGACUCAAUUUAAUAGUGGAAGGAAACAAGGUGAUGUUGCUAUCUUUCGAUUUCGUGGGCAGACUUAGGAGCCCGGCGCAAGCGGGUAGACAGCAUUUUGUCGAGAAUGAAGUUGUGGACCAGAACAUCCAGAUUCUUAAUUUCGAGUAGUUAUUUAUCUCAAGCUUCAUGUUAUUUGAACC